AUGUGGUUGGCCGUCGAUCAAAGCUUUCCUUCCUUCGAGGCGCUCCAAGCUGCUUGGUUUGCACACAACCAGGUUCUCCAGAAACAGUACAAAAUUUUGGAAAAGAAGUUGACCAAGUGUUUUAGGGUCAACUGUAUUUCGGCCCCGUCCAAGGGUUGGAAAGGGACUCAAUCCAUCUGCCAGUGUCACCUUAGUGCGACCCCAAUCAAAGGAGAUGAUGGCUUUCUUACCGGAGUUUGGAAAAUCAAAUCUUUCAAUGGCGUCCACACGUGCACGGAAGCCGAUUCGAAACGAAAACGCAAUUACAAGUCCUCCGUUCUGAAGAGUGUCUCUGCCCCCUUAACUGGGCUGGUACUGAACCAAACAACUGUCACGAUGGCUCCCAAUCAAGUCUUUCCUUCAUUUAAUGCUCUCCAAAGUGCUUGGUUUGCACACAACCAGGUACUGCAGAAGCAGUAUAAAAUCUUGGAAAAAAAACUAGCCAAGUGCUUUCGUGUCAACUGUGUUUCGGCCCCGUCGUCAAGGUGGAAAGGAAAACCAUCCGUUUGCCAGUGCCAUCUCAGUGCGAGGCCUAUCAAAGGCGACGGUGGUGUCCUUACGGGACAGUGGCUAGUGAGGUCCUUCAAUGGUAUACAUACAUGCUCUGAUGAAUCGAAGCGAAAGCGGAAUUAUAAAACGUCCGUUUUGGAAAGCGUCUCGUUCUUUCACAAGGGCGAAACGAUCCUUCCCAAAAAGAAACGCAAAGUCAAGGGUUCGGGGGAGAACACUAACAGCAAAGCAUAA